AUGCAUCUUCUUGUUCUGAUUGGUUGUUUUCAUUUGUUAUUUGUUGGGUCUCGUCGAAUCUGUCUUUCGGUGGAUUAUAAUCCAUAUACGCAGACACCAAAGUUUGUUGAGCUUCUAAAUAGUCAACAAGACAUUGUGUUUCGUUUAGUAGAAGAGAGUCGAGUUGCUGAAGAUUCAUCACAGUUUCGUUUAGUAGAAGAGAGUCAAGCCACUCCUGCGGAGCGUAGAAAGCGAAGGAAAUGGACUCCAACAGAUGAUAUCGUGCUCAUCAGCUCGUGGUUAAACACGAGCAAAGACCCUGUUGUUGGGAAUGAGCAACGAUCGGGUGCUUUCUGGAAGAGGAUUGCAGCAUACUUUGCGGCCAGUCCGAAGAUUGCAGGCCUUGAACAGAGAGAAGCUAGCCACUGUAAGCAGCGUUGGCACAAGAUCAAUGAUUUUGUCUCCAAAAAGUGUGAGGACAGUGCACAAUCAUCAAGCUCACACGCAACUGGUGAAGCUGAUCAAGGUACCAUUCGACCCCCUGGUGUUAAGGCAGCAAAGGUUUCUGGUAAGAAGACUAUGGUAGAGGGGAAGGCGCUCGCAGAGUUUCAGAGCAUGUGGUCCAUCAAAGAGCAGGACUUGGCUAUCAAAGAGAGGCUUUCCAAGAUGAGUCUACUUGAUAGUCUACUAGCCAAAAAGGAACCUCUAGCUGAUUACGAAGAAGCUCUGAAGAAGAAGCUGAUUAAUGACAUGUUGUCUAGUUUGGACCCUUUUGCAACACACAAGUAUUGGGAGCAUCUGUGUCACGGAUUCUGA